GUAGCGGCAAGUUAUAGGUUAGGAUGUAUGUUAUUUUAUCACGCAGAUCAUGCUUGUAUAUAAAAAUAGUGUAGUGUACACAUUUGCGAUUUCAGUUUAGUCUAUAAGUUGAAAAGUAAUAUUUCAUCUAGGUUGCUGUUGUUGAGUUUGUGUUGUUUAAAGCUCGUAGAAUUUACAUUGAUUUCCAGUUAGGUAGGCUACCGUACUAUAUUCAAUACCGGUUACAAGAAGCAGCAAUGAGAAAUAUUUUUGAAAGAGUAAAGCAAUGGAAUACGUUUGCGAGAAUCUGGCAUCUCUAUGAUGCUAAGUGGCAGGAUCCUUUCGAAUCAGCAAAAGUCAUACAGAAAUAUUUGAAAGGAUUGCACAAACCAAUUUACCAUCCACUGGCCGACUGUGGUGACCAUGUGGUUGUGAUAAACUGCAAGGAAAUCGCGAUGCGGGGCGACGAGUGGCGUAAGAGAGCCUAUUUCCAUCACACAGGCUAUGCUGGAGGGGGAACCUACACAUUGGCUUGGGAAUUGCACGACAAAAAUCCACUUAUGAUCAUGAAAAAAGCUGUCUACAGAUCUAUGAAGGGAAACCUCCAACGUCGUUACACAAUGGAACGAUUGCAUCUUUAUGAAGGAAUAAAUGUACCUCAAGAUAUAAUAGAGAACAUUGGAAGUGUUAUUCCUCAACUCCGUGAUGUUCCAAUGAGAUUAGAUAAGAUGCCUGAAGAUCAAGUGAAAAGUUACCCAAAAAUUUGGGAUCUACCCAAAGAUUACGUUGUUCGGUAGUUUUAUGCUGAUAAUUAUGUACCAUAUAACAGUAUAUUUAGUUUUUGGUUUGAUUAUAAUAAAUUAAUUAUUUGAAUUGUUCAUAUUGAUAA